CAAUGCGCGAGAAAAAGGGCAGUAACUCUUACACUUGACAUUUGCGUCACGAGAGGAAACUGAAAAAGCGAUUAAAUUUGCUUAAAUUAAAGGGAGGACAAUGUCUUCUGCGAGAACUAUUGAGCAAUAUGUUGAAGAGAUUAUAGAAAAUCUACAGGAUGGGGACUUUGACAAUCUUAGCGACACAUGCGAUACACUUGAUAAAAUGAAAUUCAACUCCAAGAAGAAGUAUAAAUUGAACUACUGGCGAGUUAUGCAGUGCCUCGGAGAAGUUGCAGUGGAUCGUCAAGUGAAGUGUCUUGCAAAAUUUGAGAAAGCAUCAUGCAAAUGUCACUAUUAUCCAAACUUGAAGUGUUUUAUGAGGCUGUUUGUUGAAAUGAUGUGUAAUGUGGCUGUGAUUAAAAGGAUUUUAUUCAAUAAAAACAAGAUUUUACCAACGAUUUUCAAAGCGGUGCGGCAAAUCGAUGAAGAGUUAUUGACUGUGUUAGCUUUAGAAACCACACACAAAUGUCUUUUAGUGGGAAAAACUGAGGUAACAGAACUUUUUAUGAAAUAUGGGCUUUUGAAAGACAUCUAUCAAAGAGUGAAAGGUAAAAAUGAUGCAAAUCAGUUUUCUUAUGGUGCAAUAAACAUAGUGCUGUGUUGUUCAAAAUUGUUGCUGACAAUUUCUAUUUGUGGUACGGACAGUAUCCGCAGACAGGUUAGAAGGUCACCAGUAUUGAGAAUUAUGGGAGAAUAUAUAGAAAAACUUGCAGCGAAUAAGGUAGAUAAAAUGGGAGUACUGUAUUUGAUAGAAAAUUUCACACAAGCGAAAACGGUUUUAAGUGAUGAAAAAGAAGCAGAUCGUGCCUUACAGAACUGGAAACCUAAAGAAAAGUUGCAAAAAGAACAGGAACAAGAUCAGAUUUACGCGUUCUGUUCGUCUCCAGGUUGUAGAAAACUGUAUGACGAGUCAUUGAAGUUUCGAUAUUGUGGAGCGUGCCGUAUCUCAAGGUACUGUAGCGAAGAAUGCCAGAAAGACCACUGGAAGAAAAGUCAUAAAGACGCAUGUUUACGAGAUCCAACAGAUGCCUGCGAUUGGUAACAGUCUACAGUCAAGUUCCUUUAUAAAUUAUGUGAACUAAUUCUUUAUGUGUAAAUGUUUUGUUGAAGAAGAAAAAAGUGUUUGUUUCUCCAAACCCAACAAGCAAAACAUCAAGAAAUACAGACCUGUAAUUAACAUAACAGGCUGACAAAUAUUUAAUUUUGUCCGAUUACAAGGGUGUCAUUCCUGAAUAGUUCUUAUAAAUUCAAGUUUUCAUGUACCAUGGUUGAUAAAAUACUUGAUAAAUUGAUUGUUCAAGUUUAAAACUGUCUAUAAUCAUGGUAACUGAAAUGUUUCUAUUUAUAGUUUACUUACAUCAUUUUUUCAGAACUGUAAAGCCAUUUUUAGCAGAAACAAGUAUUUUUGUUUUGGCCUUACUUCCAUGUAUUUCUAGAGGGCAUUACGAACUGUUUCUUUUUCUUGCAAUUUGUUUAAUUUUUUGUUUCUUUAAGUAAAAGUUCUGUUAUCACUGUUUAAAUAUUUGAAGUUUUUUUUUUCAUGAGUCUGAGAUUAAAACAUUUUUAUGUGUUAUGUUCAAAAUUUAUUAAAAGAUGUAUUACUUGCUAAUCUCAUUAUUUUGCCUAGUCAUAAAAUCACAAUUUUAUUUUCAAAUUUUGAAGUCCACUUACAAAGUACAUUUUCUGUUUUUGUUUGUAAAAGCGACAGUACAUAGUUACGCUGAUCUUUCAUAAUGAAAAAUAUUUUCAAUCUUGUCAGUAUGCUUUCUGUUGUUAUAAGUUGAAAAUUUCCAGGGAAAUCAGUCGAUUACUUGCAAAAUAACAAAAUGAUAUAUGGGUAUCACUAGUUAGACAUGUACGUCCAGUUCAUAUCCAAGUUGGUUUCAAUUUGUAAACCAAUUUCAAUUACAGCACAAAUAUGAAGAAGAGUGAAAAGCAACAAAACCUGAAUGAAAAAUGUAAAGAUUAUUAUACCCCCACCAAACAUGUUUGGGUGGGGGCCUAUAUAGGAGUCAGUUUUGUCGCGUCGUGUCACGUCCCGAAAUCUAUAUCUCAGGUAUUACUAAAUGGAUUUGAUUCAGACUUAAAAUAGAUGUUCCACCUUAUCACCCACAUCAUGUGACACAAGGUGCAUAACUCUGACACCAAUUUUUCAUGAAUUAUGCCCCCUUUUACUUAGAAUUUAAGGUUAAUUUUGAUGCAUUUUCACUAUAUCUCAGUUAUUACUAAAUGGAUUUGAUUCAAACUUAAAAUAGAUGUUCCACCUUAUCACCCGCAUCAUGUGACACAAGAUGCAUAACUCUGACACCAAUUUUUCAUGAAUUAUGCCCCCUUUUACUUAGAAUUUAAGGUUAAUUUUGAUGCAUUUUCACUAUAUCUCAGUUAUUACAAAAUGGAUUUGAUUCAAACUUAUAAUGGAUGUUCCACCUUAUCACCCGCAUCAUGUGACACAAGAUGCAUAACUCUGACACCAAUAUUUCAUGAAUUAUGCCCACUUUUACUUAGAAUUUAAGGUUAAUUUUGAUGCAUUUUCACUAUAUCUCAGUUAUUACUAAAUGGAUUUGAUUCAAAUUAAAAUAGAUGUUCCACCUUAUCACCCACAUCAUGUGACACAAGGUGCAUAACUCUGACCCCAAUUAUUCAUGAAUUAUGCCCCCUUUUACUUAGAAUUUAAGGUUAAUUUUGAUGCAUUUUCACUAUAUCUCAGUUAUUACGAAACUUGAAGUAGUUGUUCCACAUCAUAUGACACAAGGUGCAUAACUCUUGCACCAAUAUUUCCUGAAUUAUGCCCCCUUUUUGCUUAGAAUUAUACUUGUGUAGUGUUUUGAUACACUUUAUCUGUACCUCUCUUAUUUGAUAUUUUUUAACACAGACUCGAGCUAUUGUGCAAUAUUCAUCCACCAUUGGAGUCAUUAAACACUCCAGUUACAGUUCUUGACAGAUUUAAAUGUUUUUGGUACACAGGUGUGACAUCAUAAAAUACAGGUAAAGUUCGACUUUGUCUACAAACCACCAAUUU